CGCCGAAUCGCCGUGAGCGAAGGAAGCGACGGAUACACGAGGACGGCUGCUGUUGGGAAAGCGAGAGUGGAAAACAGUUUUUCGCUCGCUCGUGUGAUGCAAACGAUGGCUGGUGGUGUUGCUGGUGGUGGCGUAAAGUGAAGUUAUUGCAAAAAUUAGGCGAAAAAUAGUAACCCCGUAUAAUCUGUAUGCGGAUAGGGAGGGAGUUACGCAUCGUAGUAGCUUCUUCUGGUGAACGAAACAACAGUGGUCCCCGAGGACGGGCGCGUGUGGAAAGAAAAGUAACUUUUCCGCGUCCAAGCAGCCAACGGGCAGCAGAGAUAUUGAUGAGUUCGGGAGAGGAGGGCGAUUUCAUAGGAUUCGUCGAUGGUGCCAACCUCGGGAGCAUCUUCGAUUGAUGCAUUUGAUAAAAAAAACACCCACUUCGAGUACAAUCUGAAACCAACCUAUGAUGGAAGACCCAUUUUUCGUGGUGAAGGACGAAGUAUUCAAGGCACUGAACAAGACACGUGGGCUGUACAUCCGUUGGCGAGAGCUGAAUGACGCACACUCGGGUGGAUCGACUGCCGAGACCGAUUGGACGACAACGGAACUGAAAAAUUCACUCCGCAGCAUCGAAUGGGAUCUGGAGGAUCUCGAGGACACGAUUAGUAUUGUGGAGAAAAAUCCAGGCAAAUUUAAGAUCGACAACCGGGAGCUUUCUAGUCGGCGCCACUUUAUCGAUGCGACCCGGGAUGAGGUGAAAUCGAUGAAAGAUCGCAUGAGUAUCAGCCGCAACCGUGAUCAGGACAUAACGGCCCGUCAACCGCUGCUCGAUACCGUGGAAUCGUCACCGCGCAACAAAAAUUACAUUAAUAACAACAACAACAACCAUAGUACCAACAAUUGCAUCAUAUCAAACGGUGUCGUCGUGAGCGUUAGUGGUGGUGCUGGAUCCCACGCCGGUAUUAACAACGGGCUUAGUUGCAACCUGAAUAACAACAACAUCAACCAGCCCAACAAUCUGAACUUGGCGGACGCCGGAAAGCAUCUGAUCAGUUCCGCCGGCGCAGCAAUGGCCUCGAGACACAGUGGCGCAAAGUACUCCAAACUGGAGAACAACCUAGAUGAUAGCCCGAGCCAUUACGUACCCACGGGCGCUUCAUCUUCGUCCGUAUUGGAUGCGAGCUCGAGUCGGUUCGUCGAGGAUACGCUCGCGACGCAGCAUCGCAUCCUGGUGGGACAAGAUGAGCAGCUGGACGUAAUAAGCGAUUCCAUUGGCACGCUUAAAACCGUUUCCCGCCAGAUAGGAAUAGAACUCGACGAACAAGCGGUAAUGCUCGACGAGUUCGGCAAUGAGCUGGAGCAAACGGAUUCCAAAAUGGAUGCUACCAUGAAAAAGGUAGCCAAGGUGCUGCAUAUGACUAAUGAUCGGCGACAGUGGAUGGCCAUUGUGGUACUAUCUAUAGCACUAGUAGUUGUGAUAAUAAUUUACAUAAUUCUAUAAUCGCCAUCGAAUCGGGUAAGAUUGGGCAUAAUGGGCACAGCAAGCAGAAGUGGCAGCAGGGGGGGUUACAGCGUAGAUUACGCAAUGAUCAUUCAUUUCCUAGUACCAGUCGUUCUAAGGUAAUAUAGUAUAAUUUGUGGAUCUGCUCCAGCAGUAAGGAAGGAAAACCAAAUCCGAUCAAAUGUGUAAUUCCUGGGAUAGGUUUUAAGUGCAGAAAAGAUUUAGUAUACAGUUUACCGAUCGAUCCGUUUUUUUCCAACUGUAAUCAGUCUCUGUAGUUCUAACAGUUAGUGCGAGAGAAGUCGAAAGGGGGCGGGCGCUGUAUACGCUGUAUCGGUGGUUAUGUUUCAUUUUGUUUAUUCCUUUUAACCAUACUGCAAUUGUACAUAAUAUUUAUGCUAUGUGUCUGAUGAGCGCGGCCUAAUUUCCUGGGUUUUGUUUAACGUUGGUUUUUCCUCGCUACAAUUACAAAAUUUAGUGGCAAAUCAAAGAGGCAAUGGUAUUCGUUUAUUCCCAUAAACUGUACGAUAAUGCCGAUAAUGGACGGAGGAACAAUCGAUCGUUACUAGUCAUUUUCUUCGGGUACACUGAUUAGAGUUUAGUUCCGUCUAUAUUCCGCGGGCGUAUCAUAAGUUUAUUGAAACCAAAUAAAGUAGCUCUGAAUGGCGAUGGCGGCUCGCACGAUCGUAUUCAGGAAUAGCAGGAAAACUCUCAAUAUAUUUUUUCAUGGAAAAGAAAAUCUAUUAUCUUCUAUUGAAAUCACACAGUAUAUAUAUAUAUAGAUCUACACUUUUUUGGAGCAGCCAAAUUUUGUCUAUUUUUGAAAAAGAUAAUAACCACUUUGUCACCGAAUCGAAAGAGGGCACAUAGGUUGACCGAUACAGAGCUGAGGAGGAGGGUAUAGGAACACGGUAGGGAAGUGGGAAGAGGAGGACAUGUCUUCCUUGCGUGCGUAACAACACGGUGGGCGGCAAGGGGAACGCUACCGACACUGAAAAAAUAAGGACCUUCCGGGUUUUGGUAAUGAUGUUUUUGCAAUUCCAAGUAAUAUUUUCGUCGUGUAGAGUUUAUUAACAAACAACCUUUCCCCCUCCCCCCUCUAACUAUGUUUAAACAAACUGAUAAAGUAAAGCAUUCGUUCUCUACGUG